GUGUUCUAUAUGUCAUGUGAGCUGGGUUGUUAACCUCAACUUUUUGUCAUUAGGUGCCAUGGAGUUGAUUUUCAACUCAUAGCGAUUCCACAUAACAGUAGAACUGCCCCUAUGGUUUUCUAGGCUGUAAUCUUUAUGGGAGCAGAUCACCUAGUCUUACUCCUGCAGAGCUGCUGGGUGGGUUUGAACUGCCAACCUUUUGGUUAGCAGCCAAGUGCUUGAAUGUUGAGCACCACCGGGGCUCCUCAGACUUCAGCCUACUGCCAGCCAAAGGUAUGACCUUAGAUACUAAUCUCCAGGGUCCUAUUCAGUUCUAGAGUCAGUGACUACCAUCUUAUUUGAAAUGAAAAAAACUCUUCUUGACUAUCAAAUUGCGUCUUAAUUUUUGACAGUUUAUAUAGAGCUGAGAAAAAUACAAGUUUUGACAUCUUAAAAGCCAGUGUUAAAUCUUAAAAGGAUAUUUGUCAGCACUGCUUCUAAGUGGAGGUAUGAGGAGGUGUCUUACCUACAGCAGUUGCUCCCACCUGGCAACAUCCUCUCUUAUUAGGGAUUAGAAUUUCCUUAGGAUUGGAAGUGAUGCCUGAAUGAGUCCGAAGUAGGACUUUAACUUUUAUCCACAAUUAUCUUUGUGGAGAGGUUUAUCUAGGAGAUUUUUCUUCUUAAUACUCUCCCUCCCAGGUCUUUUUUUUUUUUAACAUGAGCUAUUAAUGGUCAUAUUUUCAGUCUUUUUGAAUGGGAAUUUUCUCAACUUUUCCUUAACUAAAAAAGGAGACUACAUCUUAAUAUUUUCCCCUUUAUCUUCUGUUUCUUCCUAGGGAGGGAAAAAAUAUUUUUACUGUGAUAGAAUUUAGCAUGUUGAUAAAGUUAUUAAUCAGUGAAGAUAGCUUAUAGUGAAAAAUAUACACUUCGAUUAGUAAAUGUGUUGUCAUUGGAAAAAUGCAGGACCUGCUUUAAGUAGAAAUGGUUUAACAUUGGAUUGGAAAAUGAAAGUACUGAACCAAAAAAAGUGAGAAACAGGUCAGAUUUAGGGCCAUCAGGCUGGAUUUUUUUCUUAAAUCCUCUAGUAUCUGAUUUAAAAGACGUUCUGCCCCUUGACAUUUUAUUUAACCACUUGUUAUGUUCUACAGUAUGACAAAAUCCCAUGUCUCCGUUAUUAAUGAAAUAGGAACUAAAGUUUCUUCCUGUGUGUUGUAGUGGUGUUCUCUUUGUGGUCUAAGUCCCAGAAGAGUGUCUUGUUUGGUGAUCAGUUAACAUUUUGGUAACAUCUCGUUCAUCAUUAAAUGUGAUUUAGCUGGGUAUCUCUUUAAAUUUGGAGUCUUGUAUGGCUUGUUGAAGUCUCCCCAAGAGAUUUCACCUUUCACCAACUCAUCCUGCCAUAUUUUGCCAUGGAGCGAAGAUUGAACGAUGCUGAAUCUGUUCUGAAGUCUGGAUUUAUAAAACACCAUCUUAUACACAGUGCUCUUACAGCCUUCCUCAUCUCGGAGAAUUGGAGCUCACACAGAGGAAGUAUUGGAGAGCUGCUGUGCCUUGCACUGUCUCAACUGUGAGAACCAGUUGGCCUUUUGGUUUGGUGACCCCUGCUUUUAUCAUAAGGCUCUUGACAUUUUCUAGGUUUUUCAUGGGUGGUAGGCUGUCUGUGCCUGUACUUGUCCUAUGGAUCAUUUGUUCUCAUACUUGUCUUGGCUAUUUGUGCUGUAGCUCCCGUCACUGCUGUAAAUUCAACUUCAUCAAUAAAAAGAAUGUUUUAAAUUUGAUGAAAAUGCCUGUGAUUAUGGUUUGUGGGGUGGAUUCUGAUGUUCCAUUUGUGUUCUGCAUAUGGAAUUCUGUCUCAUUUCCCUAGUUCUGAAUGUGGCCAGUUGAUUCUGCAUUCAGGCAGAAACCCUCAGAGUUCCACAUCUACCUCACAGACAAGCUGCCUUGUACUUGGGACAGCUGCCAAGAUGCCUCAGUCGAGAUUGGUGUCGAAAACCAAUAAACCUCUGAAAAAUGUAACCAGCAAGAUUAGCUGGGAAGAUCAACUUGAGUCAGAGUGAGUGAGGGUUUGGGGCUAAUGUCUUCUGAAAGAUUGGACUCCUCAGCCUUAAGAUUGUUUAGCCCUCAACUCCCCACAACCCAUAUCAAAACCCCAGUGUAUAUCCUUCCGUAUUUUUCACUGUACUUAUAAUUUUGUAUAUACUGACAGUACCUUCCUUAGAUCCAGGCAAGAAGGACCUUGACUUGUGGGCCCUGAGCUUUCGAGGGUCCCAUUUUGUCCCUCCUCUAGCUGUGUCCCUCUCCAAGGGAUGAGGAGCCCAAGGGUCUAAGGAGACAUGGCCACACAGCCAACUGCCUUCCUCCCCCUGUGCUCUGAGUACUCAGGACCCUCAUAUUCCUUGCCAAAAUCACCUUGAACCUAGUUCCAGGGUCUUUGUGGUCAUGUUCCCCAUUCCAUUCUAUCAUUUUUGAGGGCAGUCCUGCCUAGACCUGAGGUGGCCAAGGAGCAGUGGACGUGAGGGAUGGAGGUGCAGCUUGGAUGUGUUUGCUGGGACAUUAAUACACAGGACAGAGAGGGGAUCAGGGGGUAGGUAGAAGCUAGAGGCUGCUGCUUCCCACAUUGCCAAAUUCUGGCACUGAAUUCUUUACCUCUGCCAACAUAUACAUGAAUUAUAUUACAAAUAUACUUCAGCUGUUUUUCACCAGAUCUCUUUUUAAAAAUUGUUGAAAAUAUAUACAUUAAAACAUAUACCAAUUCAAUAGAUUUUACAUGUAUAAUAUAGUGACAUUGAUUACAUUCUUCAAAUUGUACAACCAUUAUCACCCUUCAUUUCAGUUUGGUUUGGUGAGCCCCGCUUUAUUGAUAUAAACUUGCUUGCCAUCUAACCUUUCGAGUUACUGUUAUCAGUCAAUCACCGGUGAUCUCUUAAUUGCCAUAUUCAGUGGUCUUUUCUUUUCCCUUAUCUUGGUUCAUCCUGAAACAUCCUAUCCCCCUACCUGUCUGACCCAUCCUGUCUCUUGUGUGUUUCUCCCCCCCUUUGUAUCCCCUCAGUAUAGCCACUCCUUAAGUUUCUGUCCCUACAUUUCCAGGUAUAUUCUUUAUUUCUAAUUGGAUAGCCCAGUGUCACAUACAUUACAACACUUCCCACCUUAUUCCUGUUUCUGGUACAAGUCCUGGCAUUUCCCUCAGUUACCCUGGCUCUUGGCUUCCAAAUCUCCUUACCUUUGGCUCUUCUCUCUCCUUUGAUUCUUACAUCUGAGCUGUUGCCAAGACACUGUUAGGUUGCCUUGGCCAGUCUUCACUCUUGCUCUUCUGUCUUUUAUGCAGAUGAAUUUUUGUAAUUACCUUUCAUCUUGCUCAGACUCCCUGGCCAGAUAUUUAAGAUUCUACAUUCUGUUUCGAGUUUUUCUUUUCAAAGUUUUCUGCAACUAUUCCCCCCACCUUUGGUCAAGCCAAGCUGGUUCAUUUGGUCAGUCCCCUGAGCAUGUCUUGGACUUUACUAUUUCUCUGCUGUUCCCCUGCCAUCCUAGAGUGCUGUUACAACUCUUGCCUGGUAGGACUUGCUGUUGAGGUGGAUUAGUGCUCCAGUAAUCCUGACAAUGUACUGUGUUCCAUCUCAUGGUGGUGCUACUGACCCAGUAGAAACAUGCUCUUUCUAGUCUCAGAGCAGAGCCCAGUGGAACAUCCCUCUCCCACACGCUCUCACCUGAUCCUGACACUACUGGGAGAAUUGUCUCAGCUCUCUGGAAGAAAUCCUGUCUCCAAAGGCAUUGGAGGACAGGGAGGGGUGCCCCCACCUCUGGUGCAUGUCUUUGACCCUUUGGCAUGUGCUUGCCCUGGCCCUCGUUUUCCUCAUCAGGGAAUUGUAUUGCAUGGCCUCCUAAGCCCCUUCUAAUUCAGUAAAAGUGUGACUCCCUUUAGGAAGCCUCUGGCAUUGAGCCAAGAAAAAAGUAACUUGAGAAGUCCCAGGGCUUCAGUAGGACAACAACUUUCCAUCAGGGGAAGGGUUAGGUGUAAACUUGGGAAAAGCUCCUUGCUGGAGAAGCCUCUAUGGGACAAGGGAUGCUCAUUAAAUGCAUGCUCAGAGUGCCUGUGGGCAAGGGGCUGCAACCCCUUCCUUGACCCUGACUUCUUUUCCACCUAUCUAUGAGUUGGCUAGGUCAGCCUCCUAUAUGGUUCUUACAACAAUUAGAGUUAAAAUGACUGCGAUUCCUUCUUCUAGGUCAACACUAGUGUCUUUUGAGAACUUGUUAAAAGAGAGCUCUCAGCCUCAAAAGUCAUACACCCAAGAUGGAUCCCAGAAGAGCAAGAACGUCCUUAGCUCCCCGACACCAUCCACCACCCCUGCCCAGAUAACCGACUUCCAACAUGGGUUUGAGCUCUUUGCUGAGUUACAGCUGUCUGAGAUGGAGAAAAUAUUUGAGGACGCUGAUGCAACUGGAGCCCUGAACAUGAAGGCUUUCCUUAAGGCCAUGAAGACGGUUCUGAGCAAUGUGUCAGAUGAGGUGCUAGAGGCGAUUUUUUUGAAGGUGGACUCGGACUGUAGUGGCUUCGUCACCUGGCAGAAGUAUGUGGAUUACUUGGUGCACGAGUUCCGGGGAAAGGAGGCGAUGAGGAGGAGCCAGUACCGCCUGCGCUUCCACCUUCCUAUGCGGAUCAUCCCCCAGAAUCAUGGUUGUGAAAUUGUGAAAGUGGAGUAUUUAAUCCAUCGAUUCAAGAAGAUCGGCCAUUUCCUGACUGUCACCAAAAAUGGGACCCUACAGUUCUGGUCUGAGUCCUUCUUGCUGCUGAGUUCCUUUAGGCUUAACCAGAUCCAGAGACCCUACAACCAGCAGAUGUGGGUCAUUGACAUGGUGUGUCUCCACAACAUGGACCUGAUUGCCAUUGCGUCUGCUGACCAGAAGAUAGAGUUCUUUGAUAUCAGUAACAACAAAUGUGACCGGGCCUUCACCUUCAUCGAACUGGACAGUUGUGUUCUGGUCAUGAACUACUGGUCUGACUAUGACAGAGGCGUGUUCUGCUAUGGGGAUACCAAAGGCAACGUCUUCGUUUUCACCUCUGACAACAUGGCGAAUGGGCUAUUCAACCCCCGCAUCCUCCCCAGGGCCUCCAAAUGGGAUAACUGGAUUACAGUUUCCAUGCAGAAGCUCUUAAAUGAGAAGUCCACUUCACAUAAAAGUUACCGACUCAAGGCUGUUCAUCCCAACUGGUGCCAACAGGUCAAGUUCAUCCCCCAGCUGAAUCUGGUGGCCUCCUGUUCGGCCAUUGAGAAGUCCUCUCUGGUGCUGUCAGUAUUGCCAUCCAAAACUCCUGACAACCUCAAGUCGUCUGUGCUGAAUUUAAGGAGAGGGAUUCUUUGCUUCGAUUACUUCCCAGACAAGAACUUCCUGGUGACUGGUGGCUAUGACCCCCUCAUCUGCCUGUGGAACCCCUUGUUCUCGACAAAGCCUGUGUGGCUGAUGAAGGGUCAUCAGACCUCAGUGACGCACAUCCUCGUGAGCAACACGAACUCCAGCAUCCUCAUCAGCAUCUCCAAGGACAAGAAUAUCCGGGUGUGGGACAUGCAGGACUACGUGUGCCUCCAGUCCUUCUGCGGGAAGCUCUUUGCCCUGGGGAACUGCCCCAUCACCAGUGCCUACUUCCACAAGGACGACACCCUCGUCUGCAGCACAUAUUCAAUUGGGGUCUUAAACGGGUACUUGGAGUCCCAGGGGCCUGAGAAAGCAGGGGAGAAGACCACGACUCACAGAUCCCCGCUGUGUGCCGUCCUCUACAGCAAGAACUUUAAGCAGGUGGUGAGUGGCAGCCUGAAGGGCAUGGUGAAUGUGUGGGAGGUCACGACAGGCAGGGAUAUGAUGGAGUUCUCUGUGGUGAAUGCCCGUCAUGUGGAGCUGACUGCCAUGGCCCUGGACGAGUCAGAGCGGUGCCUGCUCACGGGGCUGCGUGAUGGCACAAUUAAGAUGUGGAACUACAACAAUGGCGAAUGCCUGUGGACCUUCCCCAACACGGACCAGCUGGAGAUUAGUGGUAUUAUCCAUAUGAGCCAAGGGUUCUACGUGACAGGAUGGAGUAAGAGAAUCACUUAUAUGAGGUUCCAUAAGACCAAGCCGGUGCCCUUGUGCCACCACUGGCAGACUUUCCACACGGAGGAUGUCCUGAGCAUGGCCAAGUACCAGAACCAGUUCCUUGGGACCUCCUCCUACAAUGGGGACAUCCUCUUCUGGAAUGUCAGCUGGUUCAAGCCCAUCUUGAAGUUCAAUGCUUCUGAGAGCCCUUUGCCCUUGCAGCCCAAGAAGGUGCAGGGAAUGGACAACCGCCCUUCUGAGGACUACGGGGCCAGCAAGCCCUGCGUGGAGCAGCAGAAGUGGGCAUACAAGGCCUCCCCACUGCACGUUGGCAGAACUGUAGGCAGUACCAUCCUGAGACAGAGUCUAACAUCGGCCCCUCCAGUGAUGAGACACUUGAGAGAAAAGGAGCCUGACAGACAUGGGCUCCCACAGAAACCUGUCAGUGCUGGAAGCUCCAGGAAGCCAAAAGUGUCCCAUGAUAAACAGCCAUUUUCCAAAGAGAUUGAAAGGAGACAAAGGGGAUCCCAGAGGAAGAUGGUACCUGCCAAUACAUCUGUGGAGAAGAUCAUCUUCCUGCAGACCAGGCCUCGCCUGCCACAUACGGCUGCCCUGCUGAGCAGCUGCAUUGAUGGCUACAUCUACGCCUGGUCCAUUCAUGGGAACGGAGGCCUGCUGGGGAAGUUCCCUGUGGACUUCCAAGACAAUGGGGAUGUGGUCGUGGGCGCCAUGGCCACUGACGAAAAUGACUGGAUUCUUGUCACAGGGGAUUGCAGAGGAUGCAUUAAGAUCUGGGACAUCAAAGAUUACUGCAUAUCCACUGACCAUCACAAUCAGCUGUCCAGAAACAGUGGGGGAAAGGCUGUCUCUGAAACAGAGAACAAGUUCCAGCUCUUAAUUCCUAAGCAGCUCCAGGUCAGCCCUUCAAAAUACAUGUCCUUGGAGGAGAAGCAGGUUGUGGAUGGCCAGACCAUUUCUCUGACUCCCCCCAAGCUACUGAUUACCUGGAAGGGCCAUUUGGAGAGUGUGGAAGACAUCCUGUAUGUGGACAGCUUCCAAAUGGUUAUCAGUGCUGGCCUGGACCGGAAUGUCAAGGCCUGGAAACUCGACGGUGAUGCUGUUGGGACAUUUGGCUUGAGUGUUUGGAGCAGACUGCAGGAUGCCAAGCUGGAUGGUGAUCAUGAACAGGAGGAGAUGGCUGACUCCCAGGAUGCCAUUCCGAAGGUCUCCCAGCCAGAGUUUCGGGAGGAGCGGGAUCUUGCUGAGGCCCUGGCCUACCAGCGGCGGGAGCAGGUUGUGCUGAUGAACUUCCUGCAUGGGAAGGAAGACAUGGAGGCUGAGGCUUGGGCCAAGCUGCAGAGGAUGGCCGUGAUGUCACCUUGGGGUAGAGAGUACUCCCUAGAAGACAUUGAGAACAGCUGGCGCAACUGGGAGUCCAAGGACAAGCAGGUGAGCAAAGUUUUGGGAGCAGCAUAUAAGCCCAAGGAACGGUCGCGGAGUCCCGAGCUUCUGUCCACCAAUGUGCAGUAUGCCUGCAUAAAGCAUCAGAUCUCACCUCCAGUCUACCAAAGCUUGCACUUCAAUGACCUGAUGCCCACCAAGCAGCCUGACUUUUCCACGGUAUUCAAGAUUGGAGACCAGCCAGGCCAUCAUGGUUUCAUGAUGCCCUACCACUUCGGGAAGGGCUUGGAGCACAACAGGGAGCAGACUGCGCCCAACCCCUGCACCAGCAUGCCUGUGGCCACCUCUCCAGCCUCUGUCUUGCUCUCCCCAUCAGCCUCGCCCACUUCCCUAAGGCUCCAGUCCUCGCUGAGGCCCUGGUCAGCCUUCACAGCCCAGUCCACCCUCUCGGUUCUGUCCCAGGAGUCUGAGUCCAUCUCGCAAAGGGAGUUCCCCUACAUCACCUCCUUCCUGGUGCCACUGUCCUCUCUACACCAUGGUGGAAACUCUAUCAUCUGA